GAAAUGAAUAUCAGCUGACUGCUGCUAUAAAUCAUUGUUUUGAACAACUUUACUAGGGUUUACUUUUCGCGAAAUGAUGUAGUACAACAGUAUUGAACUGAAUCGACAUAGAAUAGUUUGUAAGCGCACAACGAAAUGAACGACAUGGAUUAUUUAUUUAAGCCAAUUGUUCUUAUUACUGGGUUUGGUCCAUAUAUAAACCAUCCAGUGAACGCAAGUUGGGAAGCAGUGAAAAUUAUGAAUAAAGAGGAAAUCGAAAAAAAGCACAAAGUGGAACUUGUACAAAUCGAAAUGCCUGUUACCUACGAGAAUGUUGAUGAAUUCGUUCCUGCGCUGUGGGAAACGCACGAACCAAAGCUCGUGAUACAUGUAGGUGUAUCAUCUAUAGCCAAGGAUGUUACAUUAGAGAAACAAGCACACAAGAAAGGAUAUCAAAAACUAGACUAUUUCGACAAAUGUCCUGCAAAUCAUACUUGUAGUGCCGAUGGUGCCAUAAGGAUCCACAGCAAGCUGGAUGUGGAAAAAAUAUGCAAUGAUUUUAACAAUAAUGAUCCUCCGGAGGGCACUAAAGCCAUAACUUCUUUAGAUGCGGGAAGAUAUCUCUGUGAAUACAUCUACUACACAUCGCUGAGUUUCGACAACACGCGUACAUUAUUUGUACACGUUCCAGAUUUAAAAAUAUACAGCUCAGAACAAACCGCGCGGGCUCUUGAGAGAAUCCUCGAUUUGUGCUUAGAACAAGUGAAGCUUUUGGACCAGAGACUAGAGAAGGAAGCUGACAUAGAUGAAAAUGAUUUAUGAUUAACUAGCUGUUCGCCCCGGGCGCGCCUACGCCCGUAAACUUAUAUAGUCUGUCACUCAGUGAAGUUGCAGCUUUCUAAUAUUAAAAGAAUUUUUUAAAUCGGACCAUCAGUUUUUAUAUCAAUACAUUACAAACGUACUUACAUACAAAUAUUUCUUCUUUUCAGUAUUAGUAUAGAUGGAUAAAUUCAGUUCUUUGCAAUAUCCUUGACCGCUUUAAACUUCAAGUUUUCGUAUUCCAUAACAGAUUUGGAUUGCCAUUCUUGCUGUUUUAGAUGUAUAAGAUAAGUUAAAAAAUGCAAAUAGUGUUUUUACUUUUUAAUUCUAUUUGAAAAUGUAUGCACUCACAUCUUCAUACUUUAGAGCGGUCAAGCUUUUUAACGAGCAUCACAAAUUCAAAAUUAUAUUAUUAUUUAUUAUCUAUUAGAUAAAUUAAUGUAGAGUUGUAAUAUUUGAGGUAUUAAUAAGUUUUAUAUUGUAUAGUAUUGUAUUUUCAAUGGUAUGGAAUAUUAUAUUUUAGCAAAUAUACAUUCCUCGUAGCUUUUACAUAUCGACUUUUGUGAACUUAACAAUGAGGCUCUGUAAAUAAUUAUACAUUUUAAUUUAUUUCAUUUAAUAAUUUAUGGAUUUGUCAUUUAAAUUUUUACUCUCGGUGUGACAAACGCACUAGAUUAAUAUCUUGUAAUUCGAGUAUUAUGUAUUUAAUUUUGAUCAAUACAUAUACAUAUAUUAUACUUAAAGUUUCAAUAACUACGGAAUAAUUACAAAAGGAAGUAAUAUUUAUUAUAAUUUAAUUGUUAUUUUAAGUUUAACAGAAGAAAACCACAAUGCAGUGCACUCACAUUUAAAUAAAAUAUAAUAGUUAUCUUACAAUGAUUGUUUUCAUUGUAAGAUAACUUGGCAAA